GAUGCUGUUGAUAGACUGGAAGUUACUCAUAAACACAUUAAAGGAUGAAGAACUUCACUUGGAAUGUUUAUUUGACUACUGCUCUCUCUCUCUCUCUCUCUCACACACACACACACACACACACACACACACACACACACACACACCUAUUACAUGAAGCUUUAAACCAAAGCUAAAGGACUCAUUAUGUGCUUCCUGUCUGAACUGCAUGUGUGUGUGUGUGUGUGUCAGUCCACAUGUAGAAAUGUGUGUGUGAAUGUGUUUGCGUAAGUGCACUAUCUCGGCUCGAGACAUGUUUAUUUGCCAGGGAGGGCGAGAGAGAUAGAAAGAGAGAUCAGCAGCAAGAGGGAGAGCAUCAGAGAGUGAAAUGAAAAGAGAGUGAGUGAUCAGAGGAGGACAGACAAAUCCCUCUCAGUUUGGGCCUGAUGAGACGCAACAGUGAGCCCAUUGAGGGCCGAAAGAAAAGAACAAGUUUGAGUCGGGUGAGCCGUCUGUGGGACAUCUCUGUCAUGGACACACUGCCGGGGUUGGCGACCACAGCGUUAGCUUCCACAGUCAACUGGCUGAGGGAGAGCACUGCUGUUCAGAGCAUCACCAAGAGGCUCAACAGGAGAACCAUGGCAUCUCCAGAGGUGGUCUGGCCCGUGCCAAUGCGAGCCAUCGGGGCUCAGAACCUCCUCACCAUGCCAGGAGGCGUUUCCAUCGCAGGAUACCUGCAUAAGAAGGGAGGCAGCCAGUUCAGCCUCAUGAAAUGGCCUCUGAGGUACACCAUCAUCCAUAAGGGCUGUGUGUACUACUUCAAGAGCAGUACCUCUCCUACGCCACAGGGGGCGUUCUCUCUCAACGGCUACAACAGAGUGAUGAGAGCAGCAGAGGAGACAACAUCCAGCAAUGUGUUUCCUUUCAAGAUCGUCCACUUCAGUAAAAAACACAGGACGUGGUUUUUCUCUGCAGCCAGCGAAGAUGAAAGGAGGAAAUGGAUGCGAUACCUGCGGAGGGAGAUAGAUCACUAUAACGACAGAAAAGAGUGCAACAUUCCAAGCGACUCAGAUUCAGAUGCCGACAGUUUCUAUGGCACGAUUGAGAAGCCAAUGGAUAUCAAACACCUCAUCGACAACCCAGAAGACGACUAUGGUGAGGAUGACGAUGAUGACGAUGAGGAAGACUAUCUGAAGCCAGACAGUGACCUCUCGCCAACAUCUACAGGUCGACCCACAGGGCCGCCUCCAUCCUACCCUCCUCCUCCAGUGCCUGCAGGGUUGCAGCUCCGUCCAGACCCUGGUGCCAGUUUCCACAAAGGUCCCCCUCCUCCUAUCCCUCCACAGCACAGAAUCCCAACCAGCCCACUCCCCAAAAAACCACCGCCCUCUAUCCCUCCACCCUCCAUACCAUUCAAGGACCUAAACAAAGGCCCGCCUCCUCCUCUCCCCUUUGCCCCCCACCUGCACAAGUCCUUGUCUUCGUCCCCUCCACCUCCUCCUCCACCCAACGCAAAAAGAACUAUUCCAAACAGGACGACGUCUGUUGGGGGCGCCGGGGCCGACAAGAGAGACUGGAGGAAUUCACCGGCCGUAUCGAUCCAAUCCCCUGCCACUCUACCCAUCUGCGAACAAUUAGAAGCCAGGAUCCUAAAUGGUCCCACCUGCCCUCUUAAUACUGGAGGGGUGCAGUCGCUGGGCAACAACAACCACAUGGUGAUGAGCAACCUCCGCAGCAAGCCGAGUCUGCCGACUCCUCUCCCCGCGGGUAUUGGAGUGGCCGUCCUCAGAAGUGUGGUUCAAAACUCCCUGUCCCUCAAUCAGACGCCCCCCAAUCAUCCACCACUGCCACCACAGUCACACAAUAAGCAAGGGUUACCCAAACCUCUUCCACCAUUAGUCAAACCACAGCUGCCUGCAGCCAAGCCCAAGCAGUCAGGAAGCCCACUUCAGGCAUCACCAGAAGGCCAGAGCUUCCGUUCGCUGGGAGAAGAGACGCCCACGGAGUUCAGGAAGAAGCAAGACAGACACAGUGCACAGGAUGAAGACUAUGAGAAUAUGCAGCUGCCAGAAUCUGUGUUCAUCGACACGACUGAAACCAGCUUUGUAGAAAAGUUAUUCCGGGAGAGCCCCGACCCUCCAGAAGAUGGACUGUACGGCAUACGAAAAUCAGGAACCAAAACUUCACAGGUGCUGGUGGUGUGGGACGUCAGUAUAAGCAAAGCCAGAAACUACCGACUGUUUGAAGAGAACAAGACCAUUUAUCUGGACAGUGAAGUGACCUUCCCCUCUCUGCCAGCUCUGAUCGAACACUACUUCAACCACCCACUUCCUCACCACGGCUCACUCUGCCUGCAGAAGCCCUACACAAAGAGCAUCUGAUCUUCAGAGUUGACUGAAACCAAGGGAGGACGAACAGUCUGGGACGUCUCUACAACUGUAACUCAUCUCAUGGAGAUAAACUAACUGUCAGAAUAUAUUAAUUAUAUUCCUAUGCCUAUCACUGUGGAAGAGAAAACUGAUCAUUUUUAAUCUGCUGUUGCACCAGAAUGCAUCAAAAAGACUUUUGUCAAUCAUAAUGACAAAAAAAAAGCCAUAUUUGAACUAACUUUAAGACAAACUAGACUGCUAUUUUAACACAGCAAGUCAUCUUAAUCUUCUAAUGUGCACUGGAAACGUCAGUUUCUGUAAAUACAUGUUAAUUAAUAAGUUAUAAUAAGACAAGCCUGUUUUCAAAACUCUUGAAUGGAACAGAAAUAUGAAUUAAUCAGACACUUUGUUCUCUGUUUCUGAAACAUUCCUGCUGCUUUAUGCAAACUGAACAAUCCGUGGUGAAGCUUAAUCAAAGAGCAAAGUGUAAAGUUUGGACUUUUUGAUUGCACUGUAAUGAUCAUUUUCAUAAAACUAACAUAUGACUACCAACAACUGGACUGAUGUGAGACUGUUGUUGGAUACAUCUCUGAAUACCAUUUUUCAGACAUGGAACACACUUUCCCAGCACCCAGUGGUGAAGGGCGAGCACUUCAGAGAUACAGACCAAAAGUGUGGGUAUAGAGACAAUCUUCUAUUCAAAUCAGGCUAGUUUCAGGACCAAUGACACAGAUGUGUCAUCCCAAACUUGACGUAGAUACCCUGAUUCUCAAAUGUCAAAGCUGUGAGUGAAAAAGGAAGCAGCCUCCUGUCCAGACUUUGUACCUCUAUUAUCUCACAUCUUUCUUGUCCAGGUGCAAGGUCCAAGAAGUGUAAUUGUGAUUUAUGCCUUCCAGCAUAGCUCAUCAUCGGAUUUUUGGGCUUGAAAAGGUUUUUCUGAGGGCAGAGACCUCCCACUCAUUAACAGAGAAUAGAACCAGAUGAUUCAAUGGUUCAACAUGUCAGAUUGAACGUGAAGAAUUUUGGACUGCAAAUGUGCUGACAUUCUUCAAAUACAGUCUGUACAGCACUGACUUCAAUGCUGUAAAUCGCUCUAUAUUUAUAUGUAAAUACUGUAUGUAUGUAAAAAUGUAAAUAUGUUAGUUUUCUACAGAAAUAUAUGUUGAGAAAGUAUAAAAAUGUACUCAGAG